CAGGCGGCGCUUCUGAUUGGCUGGUCCGCGGGCCCGGGGCGGGGCUAGGGGAAGCAGCGUCUUUUCCGCCGGAAGCGGGAGGGAAGAGGGUGCCUCGUCGCUGAGCUCUCCCUCUUUGCCGCCGCCGCCAUCAUGGGCCGCAUGCACGCACCCGGAAAGGGCUUGUCCCAGUCAGCCUUGCCCUACCGACGCAGUGUGCCUACGUGGCUGAAGCUUACUUCUGAUGAUGUAAAGGAACAGAUCUACAAGCUGGCUAAAAAAGGCCUGACUCCCUCACAAAUCGGUGUGAUCCUGAGGGAUUCCCAUGGUGUCGCCCAGGUUCGCUUUGUUACUGGCAACAAAAUUUUGAGAAUCCUUAAAUCGAAGGGACUGGCCCCAGACCUUCCAGAGGAUCUUUAUCACUUGAUCAAGAAAGCUGUUGCUGUUCGCAAACAUCUUGAGAGAAACAGAAAGGAUAAAGAUGCCAAGUUCCGUCUGAUUCUGAUUGAAAGCAGAAUUCAUAGGUUGGCUCGCUACUACAAAACGAAGAGAGUACUUCCACCCAACUGGAAGUAUGAAUCAUCGACAGCUUCUGCCCUGGUCGCAUAAGAGCUGACUAUGACUUACUGAAAGAAUAAAUUUACAUUAACUAA